CUCAGUGGUAAAAACACGCCUUGUCCCCGCCUCCGAUUCACAGCAUCCCCUUCACGUCCUCUCCUUCUGAUCACCCGUCUCAAAGUAAACGCUGGAGCACUCGGACAAUACGAUGGAGUAGCAUGACUUUGUCCUGUCUUUCCUUUCCCUUUGAUGGAUUUGCACUUCCUUUGGAAUAUACUUUAAUCACACGAUUGAGGAUCUCCGACUGAGACAACAUGGCUUCUGACAACACACAGCGCAGUUACUCCAUCAUCCCAUGUUUCAUCUUCGUAGAGCUGGUGAUAAUGGCAGGGACCGUCCUGCUGGCCUACUACUUUGAGCUGACCGACACGUUCGGCAUCCACGUCCAGGGGUUCUUCUGCAACGAUGCUGACCUGAUGAAGCCGUACCCCGGGGUGGACGAGAGCAGCUUCAUCCCUCCCCUCAUCCUCUACUGCGUUGUCGCCGCCACUCCCACCAUCAUCAUCUUCAUCGGGGAGGUAUCCAUGUACAUGAUGAAGUCCACACGGGCGGUGCUACUAUCCCAGGAGAAGACCAUCUUGACGGGGGAGUGCUGCUAUCUGAACCCCCUUAUCAGGAGAAUCGUCAGGUUUAUUGGUGUGUUUGCAUUCGGUCUUUUUGCAACAGACAUCUUUGUGAACGCUGGCCAGGUAGUGACCGGUAACCUGGCGCCGUACUUCCUGUCUGUGUGUAAGCCCAACUACACCGGCACCGAGUGUCGCUUCAACCACCAGUUCAUCUCCAACGGUAACAUCUGUACCGGCAGCCCGGUCGUUGUGGAGAAGGCUCGACGCUCCUUCCCUUCCAAAGACGCCUCGCUCAGCGUCUACUCGGCUGUCUAUGUCACGAUGUACAUCACUAGCACCAUAAAGACUAAGAGUAGUCGCCUGGCCAAACCGGUGCUGUGCCUGGGUACCCUGUGUGCAGCAUUCCUCACCGGGCUCAACCGGGUCUCGGAGUACCGGAACCACUGUUCUGAUGUCAUCGCUGGGUUCGUCCUGGGCAGCUCUAUCGCUCUCUUCCUGGGUAUCUGUGUGGUGAACAACUUUAAAGGAGCCCACUCAACUGCCACCAAGCAGAAGACUGAAGAUUACCGUGGUCUCCCUCUAAUGACCUUCCCCCGCGUCCAGAGCCCCCUGGAGACACUCAGCGCACAGAACCAUUCGGCAUCGAUGACUGAGGUCACAUGACUAGCGGGGACCACGGUGGGACAACACCGGGUCACCUUUGCGUCUCCUCAACACAACUUCUAGGCACAAUUAUGUUUUGUACUGUGUCAUACUACUACUGUAACAAACAAAAAAAAGGACAGUAUUCUGGUGUAUGUAACUAGUUAGAGGCCGAUGAUUUGUACAUUUUGUAUAAGAGAGUACGUGCUGUAGCCUACCCUAACCCUGAAGAUGUUACUACUGUAGGUCUGAACUAGGGUUGCAAAAGUCACGUAACUUUCCAAAAAUAUCCAGGUUUUCCACAAUAGAAGAUUCCCGGAAUCGGUGUGUGAAUUAGCAGGAAAUCCAGGAACCCUUCUACUGGGAUUUCUGGAAAGUCUGGGCAUGUUGGGAAAAUUACCGGAAUGUUUCACCCCUAGUCUGAUUUGUGUCAGGACUUCCUCCUCUCUCUCUCUCAUCAUGUUUUACAUCGUGUCAGGACUUCCUCCUCUCUCUCUCUCUCUCUCUCGCUCAUCAUGUUUUACAUCGUGUCAGGACUUCCUCCUCUCUCUCUCUCUCUCGCUCAUCAUGUUUUACAUCGUGUCAGGACUUCCUCCUCUCUCUCUCUCGCUCAUCAUGUUUUACAUCGUGUCAGGACUUCCUCCUCUCUCUCUCUCUCUCGCUCAUCAUGUUUUACAUCGUGUCAGGACUUCCUCCUCUCUCUCUCUCUCUCACUCAUCAUGUUUUACAUCGUGUCAGGACUUCCUCCUCUCUCUCUCUCUCUCUCACUCAUCAUGUUUUACAUCGUGUCAGGACUUCCUCCUCUCUCUCUCUCUCUCUCGCUCAUCAUGUUUUACAUCGUGUCAGGACUUCCUCCUCUCUCUCUCUCUCUCGCUCAUCAUGUUUUACAUCGUGUCAGGACUUCCUCCUCUCUCUCUCUCUCUCUCGCUCAUCAUGUUUUACAUCGUGUCAGGACUUCCUCCUCUCUCUCUCUCUCUCGCUCAUCAUGUUUUACAUCGUGUCAGGACUUCCUCCUCUCUCUCUCGCUCGCUCAUCAUGUUUUACAUCGUGUCAGGACUUCCUCCUCUCUCUCUCUCUCUCUCUCGCUCAUCAUGUUUUACAUCGUGUCAGGACUUCCUUACGCAUUCAUUCCUCCUCUCUAUAGUCAUGUUUUAUAUCACAAAGGAAAUAUAAUAUACGGUAUACAGUCUAUCUAAUGUUAUUGAAAUAUUGAUGUCGUUCUGUGGUAUUUGUACAAAUUCCUCACUCUAUUCUGUUAGUUUUUUCCUGUACUUUUAUUGACUAAAUUCUUAUUUUGUAUUAUUAUUUGUUAUCUCUGUAUAAAACAUUUGGACCGAUUUGUUUGUUUUCUUUUAUAUAUACAUGUAUUUAUUUUUUGCCUGCUGAUUUUUUCAGGAAUGUGUUUGUUAUUCAUGUUGUUUAGGGGAAAACAACAUCCCAUUGGAUUAUGACACGGUGUGGUAUUAUUGUUUAUUAUUAUUAAUUGUGUUUUGUCUUCUCCAUCCAGAAACUGCCAUUCUCUCAGCAUGGAAGUACACAGUUGAACUAUUUGAAUAAAUAUUCCCAAUUUGUAUAGUCUUUCUUUAAAAAAAAAAAUGAAUUUCUUUUGAAAUGCUGCAUAUAUUUUUUCUUGAUUUGUCCAAAUAAUAAAUAGUUAGUAGCAGAGUA